AUGGCCUCGUCAGCCGACGCAGACAGUCGAGUCAACACUGCCGCGGAGACUGCCGAGGUGGAUGGUGUCAUGUAUCACCGCGACUUUACCAAGGCCCACUUCCCUGCAAUCCUGCAGUCCGACGACGGCACCUUCUUCCAGUUUAACAUCUACGCUCUGGCUGGUGUCUCGAAGUUCUUUGCCAACAUCCUCGACCUUCCUGUCGAACAGGCCGGCAUCCGUACCAUCCCCCUGCCGUCGGCUAGCACAAAAGGACUCGCCCUCGCCCUCAAGCUCCUCCGCGACCACAAUGAUGCGGGGACCAACACAGUUCAAGUUUUCAAUUGGCCGAAUCAUGACGAGCUCAAAGGCUUCCUUGACGUCGUCAUGGCGUAUGAUCUUGAGAUCGCCGCGGAGUCGCUGCUCAAACGAUCCUCCACCUCUACAAUCUGCACCAGUGCUCAGGCAUUCGGACGUCUCGUUCUCGCCAUCACCAUCCAAUCCCGCUGGAUUGAGCACGCCCUCCUUCUCACUCUUUCCUACGACGUUACCACAAUGGCCGACUGGAUAGAAGACAAACUACGCGAGGAGCGCUAUCUCCAAGAGCUGUACAUUCUCCACCUGCAAUGGAAGUCAAGGAUGCUAGAGGUGUUCAAGGAGGGCAUCAUGUCUUCCAUUGGCCACCACGCGAAAGUCGACGGAUGGACCGGAUUCAUCAAUGAGCUUGCAGUGGGCCUUCUGGACGAGACAAAGAUGAGCCCCGGUUACCGCACUGGCUACGACCUCGAGAGCAUACUUCCCGAUCUCCGCAAGAAUUUCCUCAAUACCAAGCUCCCUUCCCAUAGGAUCGCGUACGACAAGAAGUGA